AUGUCGUUCGCCUGCUCCAAGCACUUCCUGCGACGCUUCUGUGUCGAGGAUUUCCAGACCAGAGCCGGAGGAACAAACAGCAGCUUCUUCUCCAGCCAUCUCAUUCCCUCCCUCGGAGCUCGGAUCAACCAAACUACGAGGCUAAGGAAGCACGUCGUCUCCCCAUUCAACCCCCGAUAUAGGGCAUGGGGGAUGUUUCUGAUCCUCCUCGUCGUCUACUCCGCGUGGAUCUCCCCUUUCGAGUUUGCAUUCCUUCCCUACAAGCAAGACGCCAUGUUUGUCGUGGACAACAUUGUCAACGCCUUCUUUGCUGUCGACAUCGUCCUCACCUUCUUCGUGGCGUACAUGGACAGCCAGACGUAUCUUCUGAUCGACGAUCACAAGAAAAUAGCGAUAAGGUAUUUAUCGACGUGGUUUGCUUUUGAUCUCUGCUCGACAGUGCCGUUUCAGUCUCUCAGCAUCCUCUUCACAGAUCACAGCGGUGGAUUGGGAUUUAAACUGCUUAGCAUGCUCCGGUUGUGGCGCCUCAGACGAGUCAGCUCCCUCUUCGCAAGGCUCGAGAAGGACACCCGAUUCAACUACUUCUGGACUCGUUGCACCAAGCUCGUAUCUGUUACUCUGUUCGCGGUGCACAGUGCCGGCUGCUUCAACUACAUGAUUGCGGACAGGUAUCCCGACCCUCAGAAAACGUGGAUCGGGGCAGUCUAUCCGGAUUUCAAACAGCUGAGCCUCUGGGACAGAUACAUAACUGCACUGUAUUGGUCCAUUGUGACUCUGACGACAACAGGGUACGGAGACUUACACGCGGAGAAUCCGAGAGAGAUGUUGUUCGGAAUCUGCUACAUGAUGUUCAACCUCGGGUUAACAGCAUACAUCAUAGGAAACAUGACGAACCUCGUCGUGCACUGGACCAGCCGCACCAGAGCCUUCAGAGAUUCCAUCCGAGCUGCUUCGGAAUUCGCAAAGAGGAAUCAGCUGCCACCGCGGAUAGAAGACCAGCUCCUGUCGCAUAUAUGUCUCAAGUUCAAGACGGAAGGGUUAAAGCAGCAGGAGACGAUGAACGGCCUGCCAAAGGCCAUUCGUUCCAGCAUCGCGCAUUACCUGUUUUACCCCAUCGUUCAAAACAUCAGUCUCUUCAGUGGCGUUUCGCAGGAGUUCCUUCUCCAACUGGUACCGGAGAUGGAGGCUGAGUACUACCCUCCCAGAGAAGACGUUAUUCUGCAAAACGAGGCUCCAACAGACAUAUACAUACUGGUCACCGGAUCAGUGAAAUUCAUUGCAAAAAUCAACGGACAGGAUCAAGUAGUCGGAAAGGCUUCUGCAGGGAACAUUUUCGGGGAGGUAGGGGUGUUAUGUGAAAAGCCACAGCCGUUUGGUGUUCAAACGACGGAAGUCUCUCAGAUUCUACGAAUCGACAGAAGCACAUUUCUCAGCACUCUUCAAGCAUAUGCAGAAGACGAACGCAUAGUUAUGAACAAUCUUUUCAUGAAAAUGAGAGCAUGCGGAAGCUUCGACAUAGAAGGCCAACACGAUCCAAGCCUGAUCCCAAGAAAUUGUUUCAACGGAGACAGCUAUAGUCACACUCGAUAUGAAGAUGAUUUGCACAACGAGGCAAUGAGGAAACAGCAAGCAGAUAUUGAUAUCCAGAAUUCAAGAUUUAUGACCACACAACAGAUAGAGAGUAACAAUACCGAAGGAAGCGAAGCUGAAGUGGAUGACCAAACAUCUCUUCACGUUGCUAUUCGACAGGGGCAUAUGGAGAUGGUCCGGUUUCUGCUGGAAAGAGGUGCAAAUGUGCACAAACCAGAUGAGAGAGGUUGGACACCAAAGGCAUUAGCAGAAACGCAAGCAAAUAGAGGCAUAUACGAUCUCAUAUUGAGUUAUGAAAGUAAAAGGAAGCCCGAUGGGGGCAUCAGUCACACGACCAAUCAUUACAAGAAUCAUGCACGUGUCAGCCCGAGCAGUUCCACGAAUCCAGCUCACAUAGAAGCAGUAAGCCCUAAGAAGAAGAGAGUCACCAUUCACAUGAAGUCUGGAAAUAGUAAACAUUUGGAAACGAAGCUUCCAAAGCUAAUAGUCCUACCCGAUUCAUUAGAAGAUCUACUCAAAAUAGCAGGUGAAAAAUAUGGAGAUGACAGUAUCACAAGCAUAGUAAAUGCAGAAAAUGCAGAGAUAGACGACUUAAGUGUCGUGCGAGAUGGUGAUCAUUUGUUUCUCGUAUCAAGCCAGUGCAAAGAUCAAGUAUAACACAAGCUAACAGCCUCAAUGACCCUAACCAUGUAGGACAAAGCCAAUUCAAAGCAAUAAUAGCAAAACAGAUAUUUUAACAAUGACCAAUCAUUCCCUGUGUUCUUGAUGCUAAUAACAGUAGCAGAAAAAAAUCUGUAUAAUCGAUUACACGGUCGACUUACAAUCCACUGGAUAUGUAAAUUCUUACUAAUUGUAUAACUCAACAGUCAAUAAGUGAAAUUCAGGCAGGAUUUUUACAAAUUCAGAAUCUGUAACUCUAAAGUCUCUCAGUAUAUAAAGUUCCCUCCACUAUUUUUUUCGUA